CGCAGUUGCAUAUGCGCGACGCUUUAUCGGCCCAUGCUGCUUUGCGUUCCGGGCAAUCAAGAUGGCGACGCCCAUGCAUAGAAUACUUGCUCGUAGACAGGCGGAAACUGAUAAGCAGCGUGUUAGGUGUCAGAAAUGUUUGGAAUUUGGUCACUGGACAUAUGAAUGUACUGGUAAGCGGAAAUAUCUACAUAGACCAUCAAGAACCAUAGAAUUAAAAAGAAAACUGAAAGAAAACCAAACCAAAUUUCCAGUUUUGCAGAGUCCAGGGACUGAACUGUCAUUUGAGAAGAGGUCAAACAAUUUGAAGAAAAGAAGCAAGGAAUCCAGUUCAUCCAGCAGCAGCAGCAGUAGUAGCAACAGCACCAGCAGCAGCUCAAGCAGUUCAUCCAACGACUCAUCUUCAGAAAGUGAAUCUUCUUGCUCUGUAUCUAGCAGUGAUAGUAACGUUGAUAGUGAAGACAGCUCGUCAUCCUCAAGCUCUGUCAGUACAGAAAGUGACUUUGAUGAAGAUGAUGAUAGCAGUAGCAGCAGUGGCAGCAGCAGUAGUAGUAUUAGCUCUGACAUGGAGCCGCCAAAGAAAAGAAAGAAGCAUAAGUAAGCAAGUAAACAGCUGAAGAAAAUAUCAUGGACAUAAAUGGUACUUUUUAUAUUUUUGCUUUUCAUUUUGAAAAUGCAUCCAAUACCUAUUAAAAGGACAUUUGAAAACCAAUUGGCAUGGAGCCACUAGGGGGAUUUAAUUGGAGUAUUAAUGAUGUAACACAAAAACUGCAGUGGUUAGUUAUUUUUGUAUAAAAAAUUAAAACAAAUUGUAUUUGAUUAUUCUAAAUUAGAAUUGUUAUUGUUCCUGUUUAGUAUGAAUCACAUAGAAAAUGCAAAUAUUGUUUAAGGCUAAUUUAGUGAACAUAAAACCAGGAAGAAGCUAAACUUUAAAUUGAUUUUUUGGGAUCAACCUGCUGAAAGUACACUUGGAAAGAGAACAUAACAUUUUACAGGAUUUUUGUGCCUGCAUCUUUGUCUAGUCACAGAUGCUCGAUAUGCAGGAGCCAGACUUCAUAUAAUUUUUAAGAUUGAUUUCCUGAAAAUAAUACUUGUAAUAAUGAAUUGGUCAGUUGAGAGUUUGCACUGUUCAGGUUGGGAAAGUGUUCGCAGAGCCAUUGGGCAUUUAUUUAGGAAAUCCUGCUGUUUUCUGUAAUUCAUAUUUUAGUAUAUUUUCAUAAUGAACACUUAAAAGAUUUUUUAUAAAAAAUGAUUGCUUACAUAGGCAUUAAAUGCAUUAUAUUCUAAGUAAAGUAAAAUAUUAAAUGUAAACAUGGUAUGAAUAAAGCCAUAUUCUAGCUGUUACAGGGAAAAUGAAAGCUGCGUUUGAAGAGCAAAGGUAGAAGUUAAAUUAUUCAUAGAAUGGACAUUGUUUAGUAGUCUUAAAUGGAGUGGUUGGCAGAGACAUUAAAUUAGUUUAUGUCACACUAAUCAUUGGUAAAUAUGUGUUGUUAAAUAACAACAGGCCAAUAUACGAACUGUAUGAACUAAAUAUCUUUAUUUACGCAAAAGUGUAUAAACCUGUGGUAAUUAAACUACUAGAGAUUUAUCUUUGUAUUGUAAGAAGUACAUUGUAAAAAAGAUUGCCCUUUGAAAUCUGUAAAAGUCUCACUUGUUUAAUAUCUAUUCUGUACACAUUUGUACAUUAUUCAUUUCCUGAUUUUAUGAUUUUGUUUAACAUUAAACAUUGGUGAAGUAUAAUUAUUUAUUAUUUGUAUAGAUUUUCUAUAUUAUUUUGCUCUGUAUGUCAAUGUUUGUUAUGCUUUGCCAAAAAAGGAGAUUUUGAAAUUUUGUCUUUUUUCCCAUUUCUAGGCUCAUAUUAAGGCUUUUUUCCCAGACACAACAAAAUGCAUUUUAAAGGAGGAGAAAUAUUUUUUGUAAUUUUCUUCAAAUGGGAGAUGUGAAUGUUAAAACCAGCUUGUAAAUUUAUAUUUUCUAUUGUUGCUGUGUACUGUCAACUUAAUGUUCCCUGAAAAAAGUAUAGAA